AUGAGUCAGCUCUUGCGCAUUGCCUCUUUUUCAACCUCCGAGUGCAUGGAAACAAUGUUAAAAAUGAGCAUCACCACUAAUACAUUGCCUACGCAAGACAACAUCAAACAUACAGAGGCGCCCGGCAACACCCUUCCACAUCCGCCUUCACUAGUAGCUCCAGACCUCCUUCUUCACAAUUUUCUCGUCCCUAAAGCCCCUCGACAGUCACCCCAGACACCAACCCCCAUCACUAGAUUCGCGCACUUCCGACCACUCGCACCGAGGACCCGACUCACAGUAUCUAUCACACUGGUCUCGUUGGAUAUGAGGAUCGCCCUCGCCGUAGAGCCCAUUAUACACGUCCUCACAUUAUCCCUCCUGUCCCAGACCCUGCGACAAUUCCCGAUGGACUUUGAUCCUCCCCAACCGCGCUCACUAGUUCCUCUACUCCGCGCCCAAUCUGCCGCUCCGCAGUUCCCCGGCCUCGCGUUCUGUGCCCACCCCGGCUCAAUUCGCCCCAUCCCUACCCAACCCCAACCCCCUCAGCGUCCCCCUCUCCCCCUCGAUGCGGCCAAGAUUCUGCCCUCACAUGCCCGGCGACGCUGGCCUCAGAACUUCUUCUUAAGACCCCCCGCCCGAUGUCCCCCAACCGCCAAACCCCAUUUCAUAAUUCUCCUUCCCCAACCCUCCCUCACAUUCCCGCCCUCCCCGCUCGAUCCAACCCCUCAUAGCAUUCCUCCGCGUCCCCCAACCCCGGAGCCACCUGCACAGUGGAUGUUGCCCAUGUCCGAGAAAGCGGCCGCUCAGCAUUCCCCUGCUUCCCGUCUGCCCGUGUAA